AUGUCUGCAGACAAUCCAGGAAAUCCAGCAAUGGCCAGCACCGACGGCGGAAUGCAAGCGAAUGCCAGUGCUAUGGAGGCAGCCAUCCAGGCAGCUGGCCUGGCUGGCCAAAACGCUGCGGCAAGUGGUUCUCAGCCAGCUGCAAAUCCCCAGGCUGCGCCCGAAAUCGCAGUGCUCAUUGGUACCCUUAUGAAACAACAGCUCGGACACUCGUUCAAUCUGGAAAAGAUUGCUGCCAUUCUUCAGAAAAACAUGCCCCAUUUUGCCAAGGAAGGGAAGCUUACGCCACAACAAAUCCAGCAGUUGCAAUCCUUUGUAGAUAAACAUUACAACGCCAACAAGCCCCAGCAGCAGCAACCACAACCAGCAAUUCCAGUGGCGACAUCUCAGCAACCCGUCGCUGGCACCUCUCAACUAACCACCACUCAACAACAGACUGUUCAGCAGGCAGCACAAGCUGCAAUACAACAACAAGCUACCUAUAUGAAGCCCGGACUCGAUGCGCAAUUGAAGUUAAUUACCCAGACCAAUCCAGGAGAAUCGUAUCCUCCGAUCACUGCCAGUCUCAAUUACGCUACCAAUCCAGGACCUGUAUCGUGGACACCAACGCGACCGACAUUAACGGGUGGACUGGCAGCUGGUCGUAUAUCUAGCACACCUGCUCAGGUUGCUCGUGCACCAGAAGAUGCUUCCCUGUUGAGCGUGGACGACAAUAGGACUAGGCGGAAGAACUCUGUCAACGACACGAACAUGCGGAGAACGAUCCAAGAUCUUGUGUCCAGUGUGGAUCCCAACGUGAAGAUCGAGCCAGAGGUGGAAGAUCUUCUCCUUAACAUUGCCGACGAGUUCAUCGACUCGGUGACCAACUUUGCAUGUCGACUGGCGAAGCAUCGCGGUGGGGAUACUCUCGAAGUACGCGACCUGCAGUUACACUUGGAACGCAACCACAACAUUCGUAUCCCUGGAUUCGCCUCCGACGAAACUCAAAUAUCGCUCGCUCAGUCCGGUCUUGGUCCUACAGUUUCUGCUGCCACCAGCAAAAAGAAUGCUCAGGGGCAACACACGACACUUCGUGCUCAACGAUUGGCCCAGGUGCAACAAGCCAAAAGAGAGGCCAAGCUCAUGUAA